AUGAAGUUUGGCCGCAAUCUGUCCCAAUUCACUGUGCCUGAAUGGAGUGCCUCGUACAUCAAGUAUAAGGCGUUGAAGAAACUUAUCAAGUCCGCCGCCGAGCAGAUCAAAGCCGGCCAGGAACCCGAUUUAGCCGGUUUCUUCUACUCUCUGGAUCGCAAUGUCGAGGAUGUCGAUUACUUCUACAACAAGAAGUACGCCGAGUAUGCCCGUCGGCUGAAACUGCUGGAGGAUCGCUAUGGCUACUCAAUGGACGGUCGCCAUCGCCUGGAAGUGGAGGAUCGCCACGACCUGCGAGAGGCCCUGCUCGAUCUGCGAUACCAUCUGCGACGCAUACAAUGGUAUGGGGAAGUCAAUCGCCGAGGCUUUGUGAAAAUCACCAAGAAAUUGGACAAAAAAGUCGGCAUACAGGCUCAGAAGCGCUACCUGGAGACCAAGGUCGAUCCCAUGCCUUUUGCGACCAACUUGCGCGCUGUCAAGGCCCAGGAGCGCAUCAAUGGCUGGAUGGCAGUCAUCACAGAACAGUCCAAGGCAGACGAGAAGCGAGCUGACGAUGCCAGCUCGACGCAUUCGUCCCUGUCGCUCAAACGGGGUCCCACGCGACCUUACUUGAAUCUGCCGAGAGAGGUCGUGACAUCAGUGGACGAGGCUUUGCGCAAGGACGACGUUCACGUUUUACUGGAGCUCCUCGAGACUUUGAAAGCUGCUGCCGAGGAUGCAGGCGAAGGCUUGGUUCCCAAGGUGUUGAAGGCACUGAUUCAACGAGCCAUCGUUCACCGCGCUCGCCAGUGCCUGUCCGCUCUCUUGCCUCAAGUUGACACCCUGGACGAGGACGAUGACAUCAACCGGCGAAGCUGCCUCCACCGUCUGGUCAUCUCGAUGGGGCGGGUUCAGUCGACCGGUGAUUCGGAGCCCACCGCGUCUUUGGUCCUUGAUUUCCCUCCCGAGACCAGUCGAUACAUCACGCCCGCAGCGCCCCCAACCCUCCAACCUCCACGAUCGGUGCUCAGGGAAGCCGAUUUGUCCCAGCAGCUUGGACGUGCGGAGCCGGCGGUCAACCUCCUCCAACACUUACUUGACGUAAUGCGCCCCGACCAGCGGCGGUCAUUGCUCGCAAAAGAUCUUUCGGGUCGCACUCCCCUUCAUUACGCCGCUCAGUAUGGUUUCAAAGAUGUCUGCGAGGUGAUCAUCGAGCGUUUGAAAGCGUGGGACAUGUUUGACGUGAGCGAGGGUAUUGACGGUACUCCAUGGCAAGACAACGACGGCUGGGCUCCAUUGCACUUGAGUGUGGUGGGUGGUCACCCGAUGACCACCCGCUAUCUCUUGGAAGCUGAGAAUUGGAAAGAAACCCACGCUGCGGGGAAUCGAGUGCGCAAGCAAUGUCCCAAAUCCUCUGCCGUACUUGCACUGGCCACCAAGGCCAACUUUGUGGAUAUUGUGCAGUUGCUGGUCAACGCCGGGGUCGAUAUCAAUUAUCAGGACGAACAGGGAGAGACCGCCUUGCACGUUGCCGCUCGUUUUGGUCACGAUGAAUGUGCCCGCAUUCUGUUGGAGGGCAGCGAAGACCAAAAAGCUGACACAGAGCUGGCCGAGAACACCUAUGCUUGGACACCGCUCUUCAUUGCCUGCGUCGACGGGUCUUUGAGUGUGGCCAAACUGCUCGUCGAAGCGGGCGCUGAUGUGGAGCGUUUUGAUUCUUCCGGGUGGACAGCUAAGGAACAUGCUGCUCUGCGAGGACACUUGGCUAUCGCUCGGUCUCUUGCUCAAGUGAGCCCCGGUCUCCCCACCCGCGAGCCCGAACCCAUCUCAGUUCCCCCCGAACGGUCGCCCCCAGCAUCCUCAUCGCCUCCAAGCCAGUCAUCCUUGACCGAUCGUCGGUCCAACACUCCCGGCCCAACGUCGGGCAACAAUUUUCGAAAUGCCGAGCCCAUCAAAUCCUUCGGCCAUCGCUAUCUCACUGAUGAGACCAUGGUCCUGGUCAGUCUGGGUACAAUGGAUAUGCGCAAGCCACUGGAGACCGUGAGCCUGGAUCAAAUUCCAAUGGAAAACGCCCAUGCCACGCAGUUGGACACCGCGCUUUCCAUGGUGAUUACCGCCAGCGGUGCUCAUGGCGAGCCCGAAGUCAUUGACCUGCCCGUUCAGGAGAACAUCUCCACCGAGCCGAUCGUGUUUCACACGACCGAUGUGAGCAAGGUCCGGCUCCUCUUUGAUUUGGUCCCCACAUACUCGGGAUCAAAGGACCAAAUCGUCGGCCGUGGUGUUGCCCUUCUCUCCAGCGUCAAGCCUGAAGUUAGUUCUCAUCGGAUCACGCUCAAGGGUGAUUCCACUAUUCCCAUUGUUGCUGCCAGCACUUUGGAAGUGAUUGGGUCGGUGACAUUCAACUUUUUGAUCAUCACUCCUUUCAAGCAUCCCAAUAUGUCCAUUACUGGCAAUCAGACCUACUGGCGAUCCAUGAGCUCCACUAUGGUCAUUGGUCAUCGAGGUCUCGGCAAGAACAUGGCCAGUCGUAAAUCGCUCCAGCUGGGUGAGAAUACGAUUCAGUCAUUCAUCGCCGCCGCUAAUUUGGGUGCCUCUUACGUCGAAUUUGACGUUCAACUUACCAAAGACCACGUCCCUGUCAUCUAUCACGACUUUUUGGUCAGCGAGACCGGCAUCGAUGCUCCGGUGCACACACUCACCCUCGACCAAUUCUUGGAACUAGGCAAGAGCCGUCAGCGAACAGUACUUCCCCGUGGUAUUGAUGUGCAAGGAGCGUCGACCCUUGGCGCGCGUCCACGUUCUAUGUCGGUUGGAGGAUCCGAGUACGACCCGGCAGAGUUGACCGAGAAGAUCAAGCACACACGUGAUUUCAAAAAGAAGGGCUUCAAGGGCAACACUCGUGGAGAACACAUCCAGGCGCCGUUUGCCACCCUUGAGGAACUUUUCAAGAAGAUCCCGAACCCUGUGGGUUUCAAUAUUGAGUUGAAGUAUCCGAUGCUCCAUGAGAGCGAGGAAGAGGAAAUGGACAGUUACGCUGUCGAGUUGAACUCCUUCGUGGACACCAUCCUCACCAAGGUCUAUGAUCUCGGCCGUGGAAGGGAUGUUCUAUUUUCGAGCUUCAAUCCGGACAUUUGUCUUUUGUUGUCAUUCAAGCAGCCCUCGAUUCCCGUUCUCUUCUUGACUGAUGCCGGUGCCUCUCCUGUCGGCGACAUUCGCGCCAGCAGUCUUCAGGAGGCCAUUCGUUUCGCGUCUCGAUGGAACCUCCUGGGAAUCGUCUCUCAGGCUGAACCUUUGGUGCUUUGCCCACGUCUUGUUCGUAUUGUCAAGGAAUCCGGCCUGGUAUGUGUUUCCUACGGUACACUCAACAACGACGGGGCCAAUGUCGAUUACCAAGUUGCGGAAGGGAUUGACGCCGUCAUUGUCGAUUCUGUCCUCGGCAUCACCAACGGGCUUAUCCAGCGCCAAAAUAAGGGCGAACGGACACCGGGACCUUCUCCGAUCCCGGCACCCGUCGCUGAUAAGUCCGCCAUUCGGGUUCCUGUUCUUGAACAGGUCAAGCCGAACGAGAAUAUUCCCGACCCAAGCCCCUCGGCCAACAUGUAG